AUGGUGUCAGAGUAUACUACAAACGUUUUAGACUUAGUGUCUAGAACAAAAACACUCCAGGAGGCUGUGGAAGAGCUCGUUUCACACAUCCACGGUGCGGCGCUCGCGCAAGCGCUGCACAGCUGGAGUCUGGACUUGGGAGCAGCGUCUCAAAACGCUACCGCAACACGAGAGCGAGCAAUAGCCGCACUAUGUAGCUGGCAAGUGCUCGACGCCCUCGACGCGGGAACCGCUCCAGCCGGCUGUGUGAUAUUUCGCGACAUCACCGAAGCCGAGGCGCACCAGCUCCGGGAGCGAUUCCUUAGCAUAGGCUGGGCAGCGGAAGAGCCAGAACCAACAGUGAACGGCGCCCGGGUUCCUGAAUCGCAAGAUACAGGCUCCAGCGAGCCGUCUGGGUUCUCUCUGCGCGCACUGAAGCCCAGUGACUCCGCUCACUUCGGAAAAGUCUUUCAGUUGCAGGAUGCGACCGUCGCGACGGAGUACAUCGACGACGAAGAGCUUAUAUCAAGCACCGAGCUUUCCGGGGCACAGAACUCCGAGCAAGCGAACGGAAAGACUUCUGGCUGUGGGACAUCCGGAGUGGCUUUGGCCAAUCGCCAGCCAUGUGCAAACUGCACAUGUGGACGGCGAGACCAGCAAGAUGCCGCAGUGAACGGUGGUUCUUUUUCAGAGAAUACCGCAAAGAGUGACCCAGCAGGGAAGACGCCAACUAUGGAGACUGGCUCCUGUAACAGUUGUCAUCUCGGAGAUGCCUUUCGCUGCGCGAGCUGCCCCUACCUCGGCUUGCCGCCCUUCAAGCCUGGUGCCCCGCUCAAAAUCGACGCCAAGCUUCUCGAAGGAGACCUCUGA